GUUUUGUUCCUCCAUUUAUUGUUUUCCUUCUCUGGCUUUCUUUCUCAUUUCACAGCUGCUUUUUCCAUCUACGAUUCAUCUGAAUUCUAUUUGCUUCAAGAUAUGUAGUCAGUCAGUGGCAAUAAAUAUCAUUUCACACAAAUUGUGUUCUCUUCUGUUUCUUUCUUUCCUUUUCCUUCCCCUUGUUCACCACCUCAAAAAUUCAUGGCUGAAACCUUUGCCUUUAACAUUGUAGAAAAUGUAGUUCAGAAACUAGCCACUGUUGCUCAUCAAGAAAUUUCUCUAGCUUGGGGUGUCCAAUCCGACUUUCAAAGGCUUAAUGACAUAUUGACCACUGUCAAAGAUGUGCUCUUAGAUGCUGAAGAAAACCAAGCUCAUACUAAUCAGCUGCGGAAUUGGUUGCAAAAGCUGACGGAUGCCUGUUAUGAUGCAGAAGAUGUGUUGGAUGAAUUUGAAAUCGAAGCGUUGCGGAAGCAAGUUCUGAAACAGAGGAACAUCGGAAAGAAGGUAAGUCAUUUCUUUUCAAGCUCAAACCCACUUGCUUUUCGAUUUAGGAUGGCCCAAAAGAUUAAAAAAGUUACCCUGAGAUUUGGUGAGAUUGCUGCUUUGAAAGCUAAUUUUCAUCUCGCUGAAAGACAUUAUGACACUAGGCAUGUUGUUAUGGGCCCGGACAGGGAGACCCACUCUUUUGUGCAAGCAGCGGAUAUCAUCGGUAGAGAUGAGGACAAAGAAAAAAUCAUAAAAGCUUUGAUGCAAGACCCACCUGAUGGGGAAAACAUAUCUGUCCUUCCUGUAGUUGGAAUUGGAGGCCUCGGAAAGACCGCCCUUGCAAAAUUGCUGCUCAAUGAUGAAAUCAUAGAUGGGGAAUUUCAGUUGAAAAUAUGGGUGUGUGUUUCAGAUGAUUUUCAUUUGAAACGAUUAAUUAUGAAAAUUAUUAAAGCGGCAAAAAAGGUCAACGAAGAUUGGAGUAACAUGGAUUUAGAUCAAUUACAAAAGGUCUUACGAGACUGUUUAGAUGGGAAAAAAUAUUUACUCAUUCUAGAUGAUUUGUGGAACGAAGAUGAUCAUAAAUGGAAUGAAUUGAAACAGUUUCUUGUGGGAGGAGGUAGGGGAAGCAAAAUUGUAGUCACCACUCGUAGUAGCCGAGUUGCAGAGAUCAUGGGCACUAUCCCAACACACAAUUUAGAAGGUCUUCCAGAAAAGGAAGCUUUGUCUUUGUUUCUCCAAUUUGCAUUCAAGAAAAGGGAAACGAAUCAAUACUCAAACCUGGUAAAAAUUGGGAAAGAGAUAGUUAAAAGUUGCACUGGAAUUCCUUUGGUUUUGAAGACACUUGGGAGCUUACUUCUUGGCAAAACUUCAGAAUAUGAUUGGAAACUUGUGAGAGAUAGUGAAAUGUGGAAAGUAAUGCAAAAGGAAAACAACGUUUUUCCUGUUUUGAAAUUGAGUUAUGAUCAAUUGCCUCCAUAUUUAAAGUUAUGUUUUGCUCAUCUUUCAGUCUUUCCAAAGGAUUAUGAAUUUAAUUACAUGGAGUUGAUCCAUUUUUGGAUGGCUCAUGAUUUGCUUCAAUCCUCCAAUGAAAAUGAUGACCCAAUAGAUAUUGGUUGUCGUUAUUUGAAUGAUCUAUCAUCAAUGUCUUUUUUUCAAGAUUUUGAUAAAAGUUUGUCUAGACAAUAUUUUUUUAAAAUGCAUGAUCUUCUACAUGAUCUUGCAGUAUUAGUGGCGAAGAAUAGGUGCUCCACGAUAAACUCUUUCAAACAAAUUAUUACCCCAGGAAUUCGACAUUUAUGCCUUGAAAACUCUGAUUUUCUUGAGAAAAACUCUUGUGACUUCUUUGAUAUUGAUAAAUUAUGUCAUCUGCACACAUUUCGUUUUGAAAAUAUGAAAGCAGAUGCCAACAGUGAAUCAUUUAUCGAAAAAUGUCUUUCAAGGUUUCAAAAGUUGCGAGUGCUUACUCUACAAGGGUCUAGUCUUGAGGUAGUGCCCAAAAGGAUUAGUGGUUUGAAGCAUUUAAGAUAUCUCGAAUUAAGCAGCAACUCCAAUAUCAAGAAACUUCCAAAUUUCAUAUGUAAGUUACCGUGCUUGCAAACUCUGCUUCUCAUUCAAGCAGGAAUUGAAGAGUUGCCCAGCAAUAUGAGAUACAUGAUUAGUCUCAGAAUGUUAUCAAUAAGUACAAAGCAGAAAGUUCUAUCCAAGAGUGGACUUGAGUACUUGAAAUCUCUUCGUUGA